UUGAACGGCUGGUUUUAACACAGUCAUCAAGCUGGAAAAAAAACAGGAGCAAGGAAAACGGCUCAUUAUUUCACCUUAGAGUGUGAUGGACUGUGCGCUUCCCAAGGGGGUGCGAGAGGGCAGACCGACAAAGUGCCAUUUUAAUGUGCUUUUGAUACGCACGUGACACUCACCAGCUCAACGAUCUCCUGAUCCACACUUAACGCCCGUGUCUGUGCUGUGCAAAGAAAGGUAGGAGAAAGCAGGUCUCUGUUGGUCUGGUUCCAGCCAUGGAGGCAAUGUUAUCUGGGUGGCACUGAGCCGGGGGCUGAGGUGGAAGAGGAGAAGGUCACGUUGGGUGGAAACCACGCACAGGCCUGUUGUCUUUCCCAUAUGCUGGGUCCUGUCCCAGGCGCGGGGGACUCCUCUAGGCGAGAAACUGCUGCCUCCUUUGGGGAUUUCAGUGCCUGGGCUGCCCCAGGUUGAAAUCUCUCAUUUUCUGUUCGUACGUUGCAGGUACACGUCCCCUUAAUGGAUGAGAAAGUGGCCAACGGUAGGCCUGCAGUAAGAGGCCUGGCCUCUAUCAGGAACAGUGUGGCCAGCAGGACUGGGGCAGUGACCGUCCCCCUGUGCUGGGCACUGCUUGCUGCAUGCUAUGGUGAUUUCCUGAGGAAAAUAAGCGUGAACGCCUUAUUGGAUGGUCCCGUGAGUCUGACCGCGACGUUUCACUUUCUAGCCCCGGCAGAGCUGCCCCCGCCGUGCCGAGCCUCCCUGCGUCCUGCCGCGGGUGCCAGAAGGGCCGUCCCGCCUGCACGCACAGAGGGUCCAGGACGCUCGCCCCCGCAGACGCGAGUGGGGCACGACGGGGUGCCACGGGCCCGGCGGGGAGAGGCCAUGCUGGACCUCAUCGUUCUGAGCCUCCACUUCCUCCUCUGCUUCCUCAUCUUCCUCGCGAUCUGGCGUGGACACGAGGAUGUGGAUUUGCCCAGCUCAAGCACAGGCACAGUUGAAGUGGAGCCAGACGGUCUUAUAUUAAUUGGCAAAGAAGAAGACAUAAAGAAGUCCCGAAGAAUAACAGCCAAAGUCAAUGGCAGAGAAGUCGUCAUUUUCUACCAUGAAGGGAAAUUUCAUGCUUUGGACUCUCGCUGCUACCAUGAAGGAGGCCCGUUGUGUCUUGGAGAAAUAGAGGAUAUCAAUGGUCAAGCGUGUAUUGUCUGUCCUUGGCAUAAGUAUAAAAUUACUUUGGAAACAGGAGAAGGGUUGUAUGAAGGAAUAAACCCUUUGGAGCCAUCGCCAACACCACAGUGGCAAUCAAAAGGAGUCAAACAGAGGAUUCAUAAAGUCACAGUAGACAAUGGAAACGUUUAUGUGAGUCCUCCAGAUCUGUCUGUAAGCUUUGACUCCGAUUAUUUUGCUGAGAAGUACAAAAAUGGUGGUGAUUUAUCUAUGGAAAAACAAAGCAGCUCACAAGCAGCAAGCUAAGUGAUGGCCAGAAGGGAGAGAAUCCUGGUGAAUGCCCCAACGAAGAACCAUUGUCAUGAAAUAAAAAUGUACUGUGGCCAUGAAGAUUGUCUCCAGAUUAAAUUCUAGUGUUAAUGUUAUGUUAAAGCAUUGAAACACGUAGAAUUGAGUAAGGUAAGGAGCUCUGCAUUGUCAGAAAUGUGGCUGAUCUUGUGCCAAUGUGGGUUUUUUUGCACUUGCGUUUCAAAAGGACUUCUUUACAGCAGAGUGCUUCAUAAUAUUUGAUAUUUUAGAGAUCCUAUUUUGCUUGAAUUGUUUUAAGUUUUACGGGGGAAUGUAGUAUGUUACUGCUUAUAAAACACGUUACAUAGUUUUAAGGUAAAUAGUUAGGUGUAAAGGUUAUGUUUAUAUACUUAACAGUUUGUACUUAUACUGCCUUCGGUAUAAAUUACAUGGAAAGUUUUAACUUUUUAGGUAUGUGAGCAAUCUCUGGACGUGUAUUAAGUGCCACAAAAAGAAGUACAAAACUUGAGCAUAUUUUAGGGAGCUUAGUGUAUUACUAAUGUGAUUCCAUAGAAGUAUUUCUCUUCCUUCUCCUCACUGAACUCUUUUUGGUAGUUCAUCAAAUAAUGUGACAAGCAUUUGCCGUGUAUGGCUGCUUCUUCCUGGUUCUGUUGGAAAAGGAAGAAGCUGUUGGGUAUAAAAACCUGAUACAUAA